AUGAGUGUUGAACAGGAUAGCCAGCUGAAAGAAUAUGUUGAUCAAGAAGAAAACAGACAAAGAAAUUCGCUUACUUUAAUUGCAAGCGAAAAUUAUGUAUUUCCAGAAAUUUACAAAUACUCUGGAUCCCUUCUAACUAAUAAAUAUUCCGAAGGAAAGGUGGGUGCAAGAUACUACGGAGGAACAAAAUACAUUGAUGCAAUCGAAAGCCUAUGCCAAAAAAGAGCACUUGCCUUGUUUGGGCUUGAUCCCAACGAGUGGGGAGUCUGUGUGCAGCCAUACUCUGGGAGUGUGGCCAACUUCUCUGCUUACUCUGCUUUGAUAGGACCAGGCGGAAAGAUAAUGGGAAUGAAUCUGCCUGCAGGAGGGCAUCUAACACACGGGUUCCAGACAAAAACCCGAAAGGUAUCUGGAACAAGUCUUUACUUUGCAUCAUACCCGUACGAAGUAGAUGAGAAGGGGGUCUUAGACUACAGCAUCAUUGAGAAGCGAGUAAAUGAGAUCAACCCAGAGCUACUCAUCUGUGGGUACAGUGCACAUUCCCAGGAUAUAAACUAUCAAAAGCUGAGAAGCAUUGUAGGCAGCAAUGCCUUUUUAUAUGCAGACAUCUCGCACAUAUCUGCUCUAAUUGCCUGCGAUCUUAUGAACAGUCCGUUCGCACACUGUGAUGUCGUAAUGACAACCACACACAAGGGGCUAAGAGGGCCAAGAGGUGCAAUAAUUAUAUACAGAAAGAGUGUCACAAUCAAGGGCAAGGAGUACAAUCUUGAGCAAAGAAUGCACCAAGCAGUCUUCCCUUUAAUGCAGGGCGGCCCCCACAAUCAAACAAUUGCAGGUAUAGCACAUGCGAUGCACAUGGCAGCACAGCCUGAGUUUAAGAAAUAUGGAGAGCAGGUUCUUGCUAACUCCAAGGUAAUGUGCAAGUUCUUCCAGGAGAAGGGAUACAAUAUUAUUACAGGCUCAACUGUGAACCAUAUGAUCAUUAUUGACUUAGGAAAUAUGAACGUGGGAGGACAGGAGGUGGAGACCUUCUGUGAUGCCCUGGGGAUAAGCAUAAAUAAGAACAGUGUGCCGCGAGAUAAAGGCUCUCUAUUUACGCCAUCUGGUAUUCGUCUGGGAACAUACGCUCUUACAACCAGAGGGUUCAAGGAGGAUGAUAUAGUCUUUGUGGCAGGCAUGAUUGACUCUGUGAUUUCUCUUCUUAAGGAGACAGCAGAGGAAAGAAAGGGCUAUAAGACUCUGGAGGCAUGGAUGCAGGAGAAAAACAUUCUGCAGACAAGCAGCAUGCAAAGAAUCAUACAACAGGUGGCAUAUUUCACCCAAGUCUUCCAGAUCCCAGAAUAA